AGAGGGUGAGGAAAGCAGGAGGGGGUGAGAGAGUAGAGGGCUGUUGUUAAACAGUUUCUUACCGUAAGAGGGAGUUCAGACCUAGAUCUUUCCAGUUAAUCACACAACAAACUUAGCUCAUCGUAAUAAAAAGCAGCUCAAAGCCGACCGGCUCUUUAGGCACUGAGUCGGAGAAGGAUUCUUUCACCCAGGCAUCUCCUGUGGGAUCGGCCAGCACGUCCAGCAGCACCAUGUGGGUGACCAAACUUCUGCCAGCCCUGCUGCUGCAGCAUGUCCUCCUACGUCUUUUUCUGCUUCCCAUCGCCAUCCCCUAUGCAGAAGGACAAAAGAAAAGAAGAAAUACACUUCAUGAAUUCAAAAAGUCAGCAAAGACCACUUUAAUUAAAGAAGAUCCAUUAUUGAAGAUAAAAACCAAAAAACUGAACACAGCAGACCUAUGUGCCAAUAGAUGUAUUAGAAACAAAGGACUUCCAUUCACUUGCAAGUCCUUUGUUUUUGAUAAAGCCAAAAAAAGGUGCCUCUGGUUUCCUUUCAAUAGCAUGUCAAGUGGAGUGAGAAAAGUAUUUGGCCAUGAAUUUGACCUUUAUGAAAACAAAGACUACAUUAGAAACUGCAUCAUUGGUAAAGGAGGAAACUACAAAGGGACUGUAUCUAUAACAAAGAGUGGCAUUAAAUGUCAACCCUGGAACUCCAUGAUACCACAUGAACACAGCUUUUUGCCUUCGAGCUAUCGGGGUAAAGACCUACAGGAAAACUACUGUCGAAAUCCUCGAGGGGAAGAAGGGGGACCUUGGUGUUUCACAAGUAAUCCAGAGGUACGCUACGAAGUCUGUGACAUUCCUCAGUGUUCAGAAGUUGAAUGUAUGACCUGCAAUGGAGAAAGUUACCGUGGUCCCAUGGAUCAUACAGAAUCGGGCAAGACUUGCCAACGCUGGGAUCAUCAGACUCCACACCGGCACAAAUUCUUGCCAGAAAGAUAUCCUGACAAGGGCUUUGAUGAUAAUUAUUGCCGCAAUCCUGAUGGCAAGCCGAGGCCAUGGUGCUAUACUCUUGACCCUGACACCCCUUGGGAGUACUGUGCAAUUAAAAUGUGUGCUCACAGUACUAUGAAUGACACAGAAGUCCCUAUGGAAACAACUGAGUGCAUUGAAGGUCAAGGAGAAGGUUACAGGGGUACUGUCAAUACUAUCUGGAAUGGAGUUCCCUGUCAGAGGUGGGAUUCCCAGUAUCCUCAUCAACAUGAUAAAACUCCAGAAAAUUUCAAGUGCAAGGACCUAAGAGAAAAUUAUUGUCGAAAUCCAGAUGGGGCUGAGUCACCUUGGUGUUUUACCACUGACCCAAACAACCGAGUUGGCUACUGCUCCCAAAUUCCAAAAUGUGAUGUAUCAAGUGGACAAGAUUGUUAUCGUGGGAAUGGAAAAAAUUAUAUGGGCAGUUUAUCCAAAACACGAUCUGGACUAACCUGUUCAAUGUGGGACAAGAACAUGGAAGACUUACACAGACAUAUCUUCUGGGAACCAGAUGCUAGUAAGCUGAACAAGAAUUAUUGCCGGAAUCCUGAUGAUGAUGCCCAUGGUCCCUGGUGUUACACAGGGAAUCCUCUCAUUCCUUGGGAUUAUUGUCCUAUUUCUCGUUGUGAAGGUGAUACUACACCCACAAUAGUUAAUUUAGAUCAUCCUGUAAUAUCUUGUGCCAAAACAAAACAAUUACGAGUUGUAAAUGGGAUUCCAACACGAACAAAUGUAGGAUGGAUGGUUAGUUUGAAAUGCAGAAAUAAGCAUAUCUGUGGAGGAUCAUUGAUAAAAGAAAGUUGGAUUCUUACUGCAAGACAGUGUUUCCCUUCUGGAAACAAAGACCUGAAAGAUUGUGAAGCUUGGCUUGGAAUUCAUGAUAUUCAUGGAAGAGGAGAUGAGAAACGUAAACAGGUUCUAAAUAUUUCUCAGCUAGUAUAUGGGCCAGAAGGAUCAGACCUGGUUUUACUGAAGCUUUCAAGGCCCGCUGUCCUUGAUGAUUUUGUUAGUACAAUCGAUUUGCCUAAUUAUGGCUGCACAAUCCCUGAAAAAACCACUUGCAGUGUUUAUGGUUGGGGUUAUACUGGAUUGAUCAACUCUGAUGGUCUAUUACGAGUAGCACAUCUCUAUAUUAUGGGGAAUGAGAAAUGCAGCCAGUAUCAUCAAGGGAAGGUGACUCUCAAUGAAUCAGAAAUAUGUGCUGGGGCUGAAAAUAUUGUAUCAGGACCAUGUGAGGGGGACUAUGGUGGCCCUCUUGUAUGUGAACAACAUAAAAUGACAAUGGUUCUUGGUGUUAUUGUUCCUGGUCGUGGAUGUGCCAUUCCAAAUCGUCCUGGUAUUUUUGUGCGAGUAGCAUAUUAUGCAAAAUGGAUACACAAAAUUAUGUUAACAUAUAAGGCCACACAGUCAUAGUCAAUGUGUAUCUGAGGCUUUCAUCAACCCAAUCCUCUUUUACAUGAAGAUUACAGGCAACGUGGGAUUAAAAUUUUACUUACAAUCAUCCUAAUGCAAUUAGAGUGUUAUGUUUGUUAAGAAACCCAUCGAUAUUUAUGAGUGCUUUCUAUAGUUUUGUUUGUUGAUAUUAUUUUGUAAAUGUUGAAGUGAACUAAGGUACAUGCAAGUAUAGUAACAUGUCUCCUGAAGAUACUUGAAUGGAUAAAAUUUUAAAAAGGCAAAGGUAUAAUGGUUGAAUGAUAAAAGAUUUACAAUGUCAGAUCAAUUAAUCCCCCUAAGCUGCUUUAUUAGUUACUUAAUAAUUAAUAAACCAUAAACUAAGUAUUAUUUUACUCCCACCAAAAGCAGGUUAUACAUGGUGUCCUAAAAACUUACUUAUUAAAUUAUAUUACCUUUCAAAUGUCAUAGUUAUACUUCAUUAAUUUUUCCUCACUAUAUAUCCUGUAAUAUUGGUACACAUAUUUUAAAAAUAUAUUCCACAUAUCCACAUGUAAAUGCCUUGGUAUACAUGCGCAUGCACUACAGUUCAAACUUCGGAGUAUCUAUUGUAACCCUUAAAAUUAUGAAUAUGGGUACCCAUAGUUUUUCUAAAGAAAAUAAUAGAUGUUUCUAAAGACCUGUAUAAAAAUUAAGAGAAAUUGUCUGUAGUGACUAGUGAUUAGUUUAUCAUUUGUAUAUAAUCUGUAUAUGACCUUCACUGGUUGUUAUUUAAGGUGUAUGGUCAUGACUCACAAGGUUAGAUGACACCUAAUUUAGGUGUGUGUUCAUAUUUACAAUACCAAGUAUUUUAUGUGGUUUCUAAUUCUUAAAGCGUAACAUUGGCAUUGAUAUUACUUCAUUUCUCCAAAUAUAGAGCCUCUUAUUUAUGCACUAUACUUUUAGACUUUUUUUUAGUAUUGCUUAAAUUCCAGUACUUGUUCAAUGGAAGAAAUUGAAUAGAAGGUCCAGGUGGUGGUGCACCUGGUUGAGUGUACAUGUUAACAGUUCUCAAGGACCUGGGUUCAAGCCCCCUGGUCCCCACCUGCAAGGGGAAAGCUUUGCAAGUGGUGAAGCUGUGCUGCAGGUGUCUCUCUUUCUUUCUAUCUCUCCUACCCUCUCAAUUUCUGGCUCUCUAUCCAAUAAAUAAAGAUAAUAAUAAAAAGUAAAAAAUAGAAGUUGAAUAGAGUUUUGUCUUUAAAGUGUAUUUAAAUAUGUUAAUUCUAAGACUUGCUACUGUGAUUGGCUUCUAGUUAACCUCUUUAAAUUAAAAGAAAAAAGAAAGAGGAAAACUUCUAUUUCUCCAAAUAGAUCAUCGUGGAUUACUCAGUGGAUUAUUCAGUAAAGUAUAUAUUGAUAUAAACUCAAAACAUUCUUUUAUCAACCAGGAAGUUGUUUCAUCUAAUACAACUACUUAAAUAAAUGGGGGGAAAAUCUGUGAAAAGUAAAGCAAGAAACUAUUGAAUAGCUUGUCUAUACCCUGUAUUCAGUUAUUUUAAGUAGAAGUGAAUCUGCUGAAUGGAAUUUAAGAUAUCUUUGUUUUAUCUACUUUCUUUUACAUAUAUAUAUUUCCUAAUAUCAGGGAAACAAUACAGAUUUUGUGUCUUAUAUGACAAUAGCCAAAUUCUCAUAUUUAUUAUUGCAUUUUAGGUAAUAAACUUGAGCAUGCAUUUGUCAAGAAAUGUUGUAACACAGUAAUAAAAUAUGCUCUGAAUUUUCAGAAAAUAUUCCUAUACAAAUGAUCUUAAUAUGAUCUUAAAUAAUAAUUAUUUGAAUUACUUGAAUUCCACAUUCCCAUUUCUCUAACUUUAUUACUUCAUUUAUUAGUUUUCUAUUAAAGUCAAGGAGUCAAAGUCUGCUCUAAUAACUCCAAAAGACUCUGGGCUAUUUUAAGCAGAAUAAUUUUUACUUUUGAGAUACUGAUUUAUAGAAUAAAGGGCCACAUAUUCAGAAAUGACCAUAUGAAUCAUAUCACAUUUUUGUAAGUAGAUUUGAAUAAGCUCAAGAAACAGUGAAAACAGAGACCUAUGGUGCUGCCCACUGUUUAUCGUAGUUCUUGCCCUUACGAAGUAUGACAUUUAAAUAAAAAAGAUUCCAAGGGCAUAUUACUCAAUUAUUAAAGUAUUUUUUCUUCUGGACAAAUUGACUAAAUUUAAUUAAGUAUAAAUUAAUGGUAUUUAUUAACAAAAAGUAUAACACUUUUAGAUACAUAUAGUAAAAAUUAUUUUUUCUACCAGAGCACUGUCAGCUCUACUUUAUAGUUGUGCAUGGGAAUUGAAAUUUCAGAGCAUCAAACCCAAAAGUCUACUACAUAAUCAUUAUGCUAUCUCCCCUGCAUGAAAUAGUUAUUUCAUGUUUUCUUUCCUCUAAAUUUCCAUGGAACGUGACAUAGAGACUAGAUGUAAGAUACAAGGCACAGCUAUUGUUGAUCAUUUUAAAUUUAGUGUUAUUAAAUUAAAAAGUAAAAGUAAAACAACCAAGAAAUCAUACAAUGAUGAAUAUAUUAGCUGUCUUUUUAAAGAGACUUACUUUAUGAUAGAAAAAAAAAAUCAGUGACAUAGACAAGGAAAUCAAGAUGAAUAAGGUCCAUAUUACUUUGGGUCAUAGGACAGGGUAUAAUCAUGUCAUUUUUCUCUGGUGAAAGGUAUCAUUUACUGGGCAUUCUUAAACUACAACGAAUUAAAAAUCCUUUUUGUUUGUUUUUCAAAAAUGCAUCUUAUUUGUGUCACAGAUAAAAGUACAUUAUAAAUUAGAAAAUUUGGAUAAUGCUUUUGUUUUGACUGUUUGAGUAAUGGUUGUAUGUUAUUAUAAUUGUGGACAUUUUUUCUUAUGUCUACAAGGAAUAGAAAUGUAAAAUUAAAAUGUUUGUCAUUAUGCCUCUGCCGUGCAGAAGAGAUGAUAAUCCUUUUGUAUACUUCUUUAAUUUUAUUGUAAAAUAUGUAAUGACUUUUUCCAUUUUGCUGUGGGCAGGUCCUCAGUAAAAUAAUUUAUAUUGAGUCAGUAUCUUGAAUUACCAGGCUCUUGCUUGCUAUCUAAGUGUUUCAAACUGUUGAAAAUGUGAGACACUGGAAGGCAAGAAAAAUUAUAUUUGUGGCAUGUGAUGGCAAAAUUGUAUUUCACUUAUUCCUGUGAAUAUUUCUUGUUGGUACCAAUGGUACCGUGCAAAGUGAAUGUUUUAGCCACAACAUUCUCUAGAUAAAAAAGAAAAAAGCAUUGUCAAGUAGUGAGAAUUUGCUGUCAAGUAUUAUCUUGUUUCUAAACAUUUUAAAAAUAAUUAUUAGUUUUGCAAUGCAAAGAUCAUGAGGUAAAGAACUUUAAUUAACUUUCAUAAUAAAAAUAUUUAAAUUAAUGUACUGAACAUAAAAAAAAACUUUAAUCAAUUAAAACUGUAUUUACAAGCCCUUUGAAAAGUAGUGUUUGUGUGAAUUUAUUUAUUUUCACAAUAAAUUCCAAAAACAAGUUAUCUUUCAACCUUAAACUGAUUUUCAAACUAAAGAUUUACUAACAGAUACACACAAAACUUAAAAUUUUUUAUACCCUAUAAAUCUUGACAGUGUAAUUUUAAGUAAGUUCGAUUCCAUUUGCACAGAAAGUUUCUGUGUUUAAGGAAACUGAAAAUGAAAUAUUGUGGACAUUGUGACUGUUUUGUCUUGUGUGUAAAUAGGAUAUUGAUAAACUGUCUAUUGAGUGUUUUAGAUGAAUGUUUACCCAAAAAGGGAGCACUGUGGUUAUGACUUGUUUAUAAAUUUUCUGUAGUUAAUAAAGUUAUUUUUAUAACCAUGAUUAUAUUAUUAUUAAUAAAAUAUUUUAUCAAGUG